ACGCCACAUCAUUUUUGUGGACCUUCCACCAUCCCAAGUCAGUUACGGUGCUCAUCAAUUGCUUUGGGAUUUAUCAGUUUCUCUUGA